GGGCUGGGAACCUGUGUACGACGGCAAACGACAGCACCCUAAACAGCUGACUUAAUCGGGCUAAUGAAGAACAUAAGUUCAUUUUGGACUGGUUUCUCUUAUUCCCUCUGCUGGGGUAGCAGUAGUGCCCGCUGCCCAGCCUGCCCUCAGCAGUGCUGCUGAAUAGCGUUGUAAAUGGAGGAAGCCCCGCCCAGACUAUGUGCAGUGCUGACGUGCGUCGGUGCCUCACGUGACUCCUGUGGAAUGUUAACAAUGCAGUAAGUGUCCAACUUUGUACUGCAUUUCUAAAUCUGCCGAGAGGAGCAAGAAGAAAAUGGAGGACGGGCUCAGCACAUUUAAAGUGUGCUUUUUAUGAGACGAAUCAGCUCUUCGGCACUCAAGUAACCGAUGUUGAAAGUCCACAACUCCACUUUAUUCCCUGUACAGGAUUUACAUCUCUUUCACAUGGCAAAGAUGCAAACCAGGACAGAAUGGAACCAGCCCUCUUGUAUGACCCCUUUCAUGUUGUGGGAGGAAGGGGAGUGUGACCCCUAAAAGGGGGCGAUGUGAUCCAGUAGGAGGCAGAGCUGGACAAAGAAGAUCUGCUACAAAUUUCCAAAAGAGUCCCAAUCUCCUCUCAGAUCUACCCCACUGCAGAGCCUUAUCUAUUUAGGUCAGACCCAUUCAUAGCUGAGCUUUGUGUGUGUGUUUGUGUUUGCUGUGUGUUUUUGUAGGGGUCUUUGAUUUUAUUAUUUUUGCUCAUACACUUGAGAUGUGUAAGUGAGUACAUGUGGAGUAAAUUUGCCGUUGUGCAGUAUUGGGGAUUGCUUGUGAGUCAGUGUUAGCAGCCCAGUUGAUCAGGUUAGAUCCACUCAUGAGGCCAAAAACCUUCCCCGCUGCCCCGUAUGUGGGCAACACGCGUCAGCGCCUGCAAGAGAUCAAGGAGGGACUGAAGCAGCCAGCUAAGCUUGUGAGCCAGGCACUACAUGGGGGGAGUUCUCGAGGAGAAGGGGGCAGAGGUGGGGACUGUAAAAGUAAAGAUCAAGCUGGAAGACAGCAGCAACUCCGACAGCCACAGAAGUUCAACAACUACCAGAACGCCCUGCGAGAAAUCCGCAAAUCUUUGAUGCCUUUCGCCAAUGAGUCUGGUCCGGCAUCAAGCUCAGCACACCCCAGCGGAGAUGUCAACAGACAGAUGCUGCAGGAGCUGGUCAAAGCUGGAUGUGAUCAAGAAAUGGCGAUACGGGCACUGAAACAAACUGGCAGUCGUAACAUAGAGGCAGCAUUGGAGUAUAUCAGUAAGAUGGGCUACCUAGACCCUCGCAAUGAGCAGAUUGUACGCGUCAUCAAACAGACCUCCCCAGGUAAAGGUGGCAUGCCCAAUUCAAUAGACCACAGACCACCGAUGGAGCCCUCCAAUGAAGGAGCAAUGCCUCCUUACCACCAGAUGGGAACACCGCUGUAUGAGGGAGCUGGCUAUGGGGCAGAGGGGGAGAUGGCACGUCCCUACAUGGGCGGUCCACCUGUCAUGAAUUUCAUGAUGCCGCCCACCAGCUCUGCACAGGGUCCUGCAAUGGGGAACCCCAUGGGUCGUCCUCCCAGCAUGGGUGCCUAUCCUUCGGGCAUGACUUCUCAAAAUGCCCAAGGUACACCCAUGUACCCCUCUGGCCCUGCCCAGCAGAAAGGGUAUGCAGGGGGCAUGGAUCAGGCCAUAAUGGGCUACAGUGUGCCUGGUCCACCCAUGCAGCUUCAGUCCCAGUCACCAGGAGGGCCCAGCCCUCAUUAUGACUACAGACCUCAUAUAAUGGAGCCAAGCAGCUAUAGUAUCAAACGGAGUGCUUCCUUCCAGAACAAGAUGCCCCCUCUGGCACCAGACAACUACGUCAAUAUGCAAGGCAAAGGGGCAAUGGGCCAAAAUGGUGGCGGCUUCCCUCCUAACCUUUACUUACCUCCCCACUCACACCCCCGUCAGGCCAGCCCAACCUCACACCAGGUCCACAUGAUGUCACGCUCCCCCGGAGCAGCUGCAGCAGCUAUGGGUGCUGAGUUCUCAGAUAUCCCCCAAGGUCUUCUUACGCCUUCCAGGGCCAGCCUCAACCUUGACCUAUACGACCACCACUGGGCAGGAGCUCAGGGCCCAGAGGCAGCGCCUCCAGCCAGGCAACCACAGGGGCCCUUCAGGGGGGAGGUACGUGUCCCCAGCAGGACCAACUCUUUCAACAACCACCAAAAGGUCAAUGUAAGACAGGCCAUGCCUGCUGCUACCAGUGUAGCUGGCAAACAGGAGGCUGGCAUGGGCCCACCAAACACCAUCACUGCAGUGACGUCUCCACCGAUCCAGCAGCCUGUUAAGAGCAUGAGAGUAAUGAGACCAGAGCCCAAGACUGCAGUUGGCCCGUGCCACCCAGGCUGGCUAACUGCACAAGCCCAGGAUGCUCCUGAGACUCAUGGGUACUUGCCUGAUGAAAGCUUUACCUUGGAACACACCCAAGAGCUCCGGUGUCCACCACCACCAUACCCCAAAACACUGCUCCUGUCUGGAGCCACAGCAGGACCAGAAACAGCACCUUUGGAAGGUGGGGCUAUACCCGCAGCUUCAGACCACAGUGCCCCAGGCAGGCCCGCCCCGAAUGCUGCAACAGUAAAGCAAGAAGAGCCUCUCACCAAAGACAAAUCUAAGCCAGGAAAAGGAGAGAAAGCUGUGAAAGAUAAGAAGCAGAUUCAGACCUCACCAGUACCGGUGCGGAAGAAUGCCCGUGAUGAGGAGAAGAGAGAGUCACGCAUCAAGAGCUAUUCUCCUUUUGCCUUCAAGUUUUACAUGGAGCAGCAUGUAGAAAAUGUUAUGAAGACCUACCAACAGAAGCUCAAUCGCAGGCUGCAGCUGGAGCAGGAGAUGUCCAAGGCUGGUCUAUCUGAAGCAGAGCAGGAGCAGAUGAGAAAGAUGCUGAACCAGAAAGAGUCCAACUACAACCGACUGCGCCGUGCCAAGAUGGACAAGUCUAUGUUUGUGAAAAUUAAAACACUUGGAAUUGGAGCCUUUGGUGAGGUAUGUCUGACCCGUAAGGUGGACACAGGAGCUUUGUAUGCCAUGAAGACUCUCAGAAAGAAAGACGUCCUGAACCGCAACCAGGUGGCUCAUGUUAAAGCAGAACGAGAUAUUUUAGCAGAGGCUGAUAACGAGUGGGUGGUCCGGCUGUACUACUCAUUUCAGGACCGGGACAGCUUGUAUUUCGUUAUGGAAUACAUUCCUGGGGGAGACAUGAUGAGCCUGCUGAUCCGUAUGGGGGUUUUUCCUGAGCCGCUAGCCAGGUUCUAUGUGGCUGAGCUCACGCUAGCCAUUGAGAGCGUGCAUAAGAUGGGCUUUAUCCAUAGAGACAUCAAGCCUGACAACAUCCUCAUUGACCUGGAUGGACAUAUCAAGCUGACUGAUUUCGGCUUGUGCACAGGGUUCCGUUGGACACACAACUCAAAGUAUUACCAGAAAGGGAACCAUAUUCGGCAGGAUAGUAUGGAACCAAGUGACUUCUGGGAUGAUGUGUCAAACUGUCGCUGUGGUGAUCGGUUGAUAACACUGGAACAGCGGGCAGCCCGUCAGCAUCAGCGUUGCCUUGCACAUUCUCUGGUGGGCACUCCCAACUACAUUGCACCUGAAGUGCUACUGCGGAAAGGAUACACCCAGCUAUGUGACUGGUGGAGUGUGGGAGUGAUUCUGUUUGAGAUGCUGGUGGGCCAACCCCCCUUCCUUGCUCCAACCCCUACAGAGACACAAAUCAAGGUGAUCAAUUGGGAGAGCACGCUGCAGGUUCCCCCGCAAGUGAAACUCAGUCCCGAGGCUGUUGACAUCAUCGGACGUCUCUGCUGCUCGGCGGAGGAGCGUCUGGGGGGUAAUGGUGCUGGAGAGAUCAAGGCCCACCCUUUCUUUGUCCAGGUGGACUUCUCCAGUAACCUUCGCACUCAGCUCGCUCCUUACCGGCCUAAGAUCACCCACCCAAUGGAUACUUCCAACUUUGACCCUGUGGAGGAGGAGGGAGCUCCGGGGGCAUGGAGUGACAGUGGAGACAGCACUCGCGCUUGGGAUACCCUCUGCUCUCCAAACGGCAAACACCCUGAACAUGCCUUCUAUGAGUUCACCUUCCGCAGGUUCUUCGAUGAUAACGGCUGUCCGUUCCGCUAUCCUAAACCCCCUGAAGAGAUACAGGGACCCCCGGGCAGUAGUGCGGCAAGCAGCGUGGGCCCUGAAGAGGAGGAGGAGGAAGAUGAGGAGGACGAAGAAGAAGAACAAGGAGAGGGCUGUGAGCCUGUGUAUGUGUAGAUGUGGAGAGAGGGUCCACAUGCUGCUUUAGCAUUACCCAGUGUAGACUUCAAUAGAUAACACACAGGCCAUUGUGCUUUUUCUCCAUGGUGUGCAUUUAUGGUGUGGAUGAAAAGAAGAGAUGACAAAAACACCAGACGAAAUGCAUUUUAUUACUCUAACACAAUCCUGCAGGAUCUUUUACUUGUUCAAGGAUUUAUGCUUCUAACUGAAACUGCAAUCUGGGACCAAGAAAGCACGUCACAUAGUCUAGGGACAUGGAUUAAUGAAUCUGAUUCUACAGAUAGCAGAGACAUGCCAUCUGUGGAUAUCAGUCAAAGCACUCCAUUCUUAUGGUCUACUGUGUCCCAUUCCUUGAUUCUUCAGCCCUAUGUGUGGGCUGAGACAGCUCCAGUGUGGCAUAGGAUGCUAACGCUUCCUCCUUGUCUCUGAGCCUGGUGAUGCCAACACAGCCAUUCCUAAUUCCAGAGGAGCAACUGUGAUCAUGUCACUGGAAACAGUACAAGGCUGAAAUUGCGAUGGUUGUGUGUUAUUAGGUUGAUAAUUAUUAACUCAUAUGACCAGACAGUUUCAACAAAAUCCAACUACCCUGCUUAAUCUAAAACCAUAUGAGCCCACAUAUUUAUAGAUAUAGUUCCUGUUGUCAUGUUUAGCCAUGUCAACACAAAAGCCUAGGAGAUCUAAUAAAAAGUCUCUAUGGAGCCUUCCUAAUAACAAAAGCAACAAUAUACAUGCAUUAAAAUAAGAUAUGGCUCAGGUUAUUUCCCUCUUUGUUGUGAGGAAAACUAAAAAGUACAGAAAUAUCUUGAUUCAGAAAUGAUUUUCUGAUGCCUCCUAGUGGUUUCAAAACCACAGUUACAAUGAAACACUGACGCUUGAUGCUUUUGAACGUCCAUCAGCAGAAUUGGUGCCAUCAGAUGUUCUUAAGGCACAAAAUCCUAAAGUUAGAAAAGCAAUGAAAUUCAUAGGGUAAUACAUUAAUAUUGUAACAGAUCAUAAAAUGUUCUCAGCAGAGAACCAAUCAAAGAGUUUUUUUCAGCUGUUUGCUAUAUGUUUGUGCUAUAUAUUCAAAUAUGGAUGCUUUUAUCUGCAUCUCACACUUUUCUCAGAUAUUGGUUCUGAACUCAGUUCUGUCUCUGUCUCCAGUUACCUUUAAAAGUAAUAACUGCUUUUCACAUCCAGCAUGUAUUAGUACUAAGCAUCAAAGAAUCUGGGCCUGUCCUGUUGCUUAAUAUCAGCACCUGGGCAUGUUCUGCAUGCCAGCUUAAAUACUUUUCAUCAAGUUAUUUGCUUUAUGGUUCAAGGUAAUGUAUUUAGUUGAAUAAGGAGGUCUUAAGAAUCAGGGGAUUUAUUGUUCACCUUUCUGGGAAUAUGUCUACCCAAAAAAGUAACCUAUUCAACAUAUGAAAUGUUGAAUAUUCAACAGUAACCUAUUUAACAUGUGAAAUGAUGUUGGCAACCUCGGCGAAAUUUGAAGUCACUGCACCAUCGUAACACAUAUCCACACACAUACACUACACAGUAUUAUACACAGGCAGUCUUUGACUGAAGUACGAACAGUAUCUUAUCAGGCAGUAAUGGAAAGGGUAAUGGACAACAGUGAAACAAAGUGGCAGAGGAAAUAAAGAAAUGUAUGUGAUGGUAUGACUAUGUGCAAUACAGAAAAUACAUAAUAUAGUUUUCUAAUCACACAGAUAGCCUGUUCCACUUUAAUACUGAGAUACACUACAUAAAAGUAAAUAUAUAUCAGUUUAUGUAUUUUCAGUAUAGUUAACUGACCCAAUGCUGCUCAUUGUUAUUGAUGUUACAAAGUACAUUAUCCUCAUACUUUCAUAUAUGCUUUUUCAUUUUUUUCUACUCUUUUUUUUUUUUUUAAAGUGUGGUAUUGGUUGACAGUGUAAUUGUUGUGGGAUGUGACAAACUGUGUGCCUUCUAAUGAAUGUGUGGGUGUGUCCACCACAUGCUGAUCAGUAUUGAGGAUGAGAUGGAAACGUGCCUUCUGCCUUCACUCAGGCUGGUCCUGAAUGUUUGGGAGAGGGCAUUUAGAAGAGAGUGAGGAAAUGAACGAGAUAAUAAGAUUGGAAUGAAAAUGAGUUAUGAAAUGAGUUUUUCACAUGUUGAAGGAGUUGUAAGAGGAUGAGGAGAGGGUGAUGAUUAACAAAUUUAAGUGCUUGUUUUUAAUCUUGUGUAAGAUAAUGAGGUGGUGGCCAUAUUGAAUUGUAUUAAUAAUGUCCAUUUGAUUUGAUCAGUGAUAAACCAAUUUGCAGUGAGUAACUGUACAAAACGUUCUAUAUACCAGCAUUAACUUUUAUGCUAAUUGACAAUCGUUGAUAUACUUAACCGUCUAAUUUGUUCAGACCAAGGAGUUACAUCAACCAUCCUUUACGGUAUCUGAUACACUGACUGGAAGAACCCAAGUCUACAAUCCAUGAUGGCCUCUUAUAUAUUGUCAAGAGUAUAUUUAAGUACAAAUCUUAGUGACAAUUUACAACAAAUUGUCUUCUAUGUGUUAUUUAAUAUUGACAUCAUACCUUUGGUUCAAGUGAAACUAAUUUGUGGACUUUGAAAACUGAAGUGCUUUGUAGAGCUUGACAGCAAAUGUGGCAGAUGUUCUGCUUGCCCAUAUUCAUCAGGAUGGACCACUCAGUGAAGAAUUUAGCGUUUUAGGAGACAGUCCUCAUAGAGUCAGUUUUAGAGGUCAUGUGUGAGUGUUUGUGUGAUGUUUUGGAUGGAUUUUCUGUACUUUACUUUUGAAAGUGCUGGCUGACAAUCUUCGAUUGACUAUUAUGUAAUCUGAUAAUGGGACUUUUUCUUUUGUGUGCCUUUUUUUGUAUUUCAGUGCUUGAGUGGGGUGGGACUUCUUUAUGACUUCUGUGAUCUUCCUUAAUGUAUUAUAUAAUACAGUUACUAUUGGAUAUAUAUAAAUAUAUAUUUAUACAGAUAUACAUAUUUUUUGUAUCUAUUAUUUUUCAUUUUUCUGAGCUAACUUUUGAACUUCCGUGUCUACAGUAUUACAGACAAUAAACAUUUGGAUUCAUAUCUUUUUUUUACAUAUAUGUAUGAACCAAGAAUUUGUUAAAAAUGCUUUCACUGUUCUCACGUGUAAAUGUAUAUGUCUAAAUUAAAUUAAAUAAAUCAUCCGGUU